UCCGGGAUAGUGCGCAUGCGUGGCCUUGCCGCUGGGCUUUGCGCCGCUGCGCUGGCGGUCGUCGGGUCGGGUCGGGCAGCGGGGAUGCAGCGGGCACUCACACUCAGGGCAUGGAAACCAGUGUACUGGCAAAGGGGAGUCAGCACUCAGCAGAUUCCAAGCACUUCUGAUAUGCCGAUAAAGUUAGAAAAUCCUUUCAAAGAACCUCCCAAGAAGUGCAUUUUGUGUGGCGUUUCAGUGAAUUACAAGAACGUACAGCUGUUGUCCCAGUUCAUAUCUCCGUACACAGGUCGUAUUUUUGGCAGACAUAUAACUGGAUUGUGUGGAAAGAAACAAAAGGAAAUUUCUAAGAGCAUCAAAAAAGCUCAACGGAUGGGAUUUAUGUCAGUCAUGCUAAAGGACCCUGCUUUCAUAAAGGAUCCAAACAUUUGUGAUUACAAGAUAUGGGAAUAAUCAAUAAUCUGUUAAUGGUAUAAUGUUUCUCAAUUAUAUUUCAAUAAAUAAAGUAAAUUAAAUUGUAAUAAAUGUGUUGUUCAUAUUUGUACAAAUAAACUUUCAUUAUAAAAGUG